AUGAUCUCGGCCAUUCAGUGGAUCCGUCAAGGUGCUGCGGCUCAAAACCCCGAGAAAUUCAAGUUUGACGAAAAAGAAUUCGAGCGGAUCAGCAAGAUCACUACAGAUCGUCUUGGCGAUGCAAAGGUUGACCUGAAUGCCGCCCAACAAGCUGCCGCCAUGGAUGUUGACAGUGACAGCGAGGGUGAAGAACAAGAUAACAACAUUAAGGACGAUAUGCAGGUGAAUCCUAACGACCAAGUCAAUGUUGAUGAGGAACAACCCGAAGGUGCUGCCGCUGGCUCGUUCUUGAACCGUAAAGACCUGGCAUACUAUGAUAACCCAGACGAAGAUCCUUACAUCACACUGAAACACGAUGAACAAGAGGAAGCUGAAGAGAGAGAAGAGUUGCAGGUGCUUGCUACUGAUAACCUUUUGCUUGCAGCCAAAACCGAAGAUGAUGUUUCGCAACUUGAAGUUUACGUGUACGAACGGUCCGAAGAAAAUUUGUAUGUCCAUCACGAUAUUAUGUUGCCUUCGUUCCCUCUGUGUCUCGAAUGGCUCGAUUUCCAUUGCGGUGAAAAGGCUGGACAGGAAGGACACGGCAACUAUGUCGCCGUCGGCACGUUUGAACCCGAUAUCGAAAUCUGGAACUUGGAUGUCGUGGAUGCCAUGAUUCCUCAAACAAUCCUUGGUCAACAGCCUGGCGCCGCAAAGCCGAAAAAGCGAUCAAAGAAACCUAAUGCCAAUUACCACGUUGAUGCUAUCAUGGAUAUGUCAUGGAACAAGCAGCACCGAAACUUCCUAUUGUCAUCAUCGGCCGAUGCGACCGUGAAAUUAUGGGAUCUUACCAACUCGACCUGUGUUCAGUCAUACAGCCAUCAUAAGGAUAAGGUUCAAGCCGUGGCAUGGAACCCAGUGGAAGCAACUGCAUUCAUCACCGGCUCGUACGACAAGACGAUAAGUGUAUUGGAUGCACGAGCGCCCGAGAAGGCAACCGCUUGGAAACUGCAAAGCGACGUGGAAUCGUUGGUAUGGGACCCACAUAACGCUACCAACUUUUAUGCUGCUACCGAAGAUGGAAUUAUCCAGUACUUUGAUGUUCGUCAAGCAAAUGGUGCAGCUGGUGGUAAACCAUUGUUCACUCUGCAAGCCCACGAUGGAGCUGUUAGUGCAUUGGAUGUAAACGCUAGCAUUCCAGGAUGUAUCGCUACUGGUAGUACUGAUAAGCAAGUCAAGAUUUGGAACACGACGGAUAAUAAGCCAAACAUGGUUACUAGCAGAAACUUUGAACUGGGUCACAUUUUCAGUGCAAAGUUCUGUCCCGAUGCUCCUUUGGAACUCGCUAUUUCUGGUUCCAACGGCAAGGUACAUGUCUGGGACAUGUCAUCAAAUGCUGGUGUUCGCCAGGUGUAUGGUCAAUAAGCAUUGCCUUAUCUGUACCUUGUUUUAUUAUCUUGCAUCUCUCCCUCUCCCUUGUAUCUCUUCAUUCCAUUUUAUGUUUAACUCUUUCGCAUCCCAUAUAUACAUAAAAGUACAACGCGUACAGCAACAAUAUAUUCUAUUAAUAUCAAAAGUAAAAGAUAAGUUUUAUCGAUA